AAACGAGCAGGCCUUUUAAAUUAAGAAGUUAAAGUUAAAAUAAUGUUUUAAGUUGGCUUUUUGGGGGCUCCGAGAAAAAGUGUCUGAAGGACAAUGUCUUAUUUUUUGGAAGUCUCCUAACAACCGCCAUUGACGAGGUGAGGUUUCCGUGAGCGGAUAUGGACCGCCUGGACAGUGUUGCGUGCUCACAGUGGUCACGUCGUCAACCUCCGGGUUGUUGUUUCAGUGAAUCAUGACUGGGAUUGAAACAACACCGCGACCUUGGGGGUUGAAUCAUUGGAUGGAGCCCCCGCCGCCCCCUUGUUAUUGGUUGGAUGAAGUUCGAGGAAAAGUAGGAUUGAAGCAGAAAGACAUUGGUUCAACAAAUGGGAUGUCUGCACAUGGCAAGAAACAAGUCAACACAGGUUAAUCCGUGUGGAAGUCUUCCUGCUCUGUGCGUUUAUUCAGCCAGUCCAUUGCUCCCCAUCACCCGCCAUGCAGCCGAGGAAUCACCUUUCGCCGUUUGACGCCCCUGCACAACCUGAUGUUGAAUUGAAGAAUCAUGAUGGCGACAGGUCUCAGUACUGCCUCCUGGGUGACGUCACUCAACUUGCAGCCUGGACCCACCCACCCACCCACGCAUGGCCCCGCCCCCGCACGAAAGCAGGCUCUGUGACAAGGUUGUUCCGCCAGCAUGGACAAGUCUCAUCUUUCCAACCCGAAUGACAUCAUCAUGACAAGCUCAACAGGCCCUUACCCGCAGGAAGCCAUGACUCCGCCCAGGCCCGCCCACCUUCACUCAUCCUCUUCCUUAUCCUCGCCCUCUCCUUCGUCUUCCUCCUCACCCCUCAAGCCCAAUCAAGUCGGCCAGGUCUUCCUGUACAGCGUUCCCAUCGUGUCGCUCGUCAUCGACAACAUCGAAAGACUUUGCCUGGCGCAGAUUUCCAACACGCUGCUGAAAAAUUACAGUUAUAAUGAGAUCCAUAACCGCCGGGUGGCCCUGGGCAUCACCUGUGUUCAGUGCACGCCCGUUCAGUUGGAAAUCCUCCGCCGCGCCGGGGCCAUGCCCAUCUCGUCCCGCCGCUGCGGCAUGAUCACCAAGCGUGAGGCAGAGCGCCUGUGCAAGUCCUUCCUGGGCGAGAACAUGCCGCCCAAGCUGCCCGACAACUUUGCCUUUGACGUGACGCACGAGUGCGCCUGGGGCUGCCGUGGUAACUUCAUCCCCGCACGCUACAACAGCUCGCGGGCCAAAUGCAUCAAGUGCUCCUUCUGCAACAUGUACUUCUCCCCGAAUAAGUUCAUUUUUCAUUCCCAUCGCACCCCGGACGCCAAGUACACCCAGCCGGACGCCGCCAAUUUCAACUCUUGGCGGCGGCACCUCAAACUCAGCGACAAACAUCCGGCUGACGAGUUAGUGUACGCGUGGGAAGACGUGAAGGCCAUGUUCAACGGGGGCAGUCGGAAGAGGGCAUUGCCUUCCGCCGGCCACUGCCCUUCCCUGGGGCCCAUGAAGCCGCUUCCUGGCUCGGUGGUGCCUCACCUGAUGGGCGGGGACCUCGGCGCUCAGAAAAGAGCCCAUUUUGAAGACGAAGAGGACCUGGAUGCAGGCGGUUUGUCUCCUCGUAAGACACCGCGGUACCCUGUCAUCCCCGUCCCAAGUAAAAGCUUUGGGAUGCUUCAGAAGUUCCCCCCGACGUCGCUUUUCCCUUCGCCUUACCCCUUCCCAGCAUUCGGCCUCUGCCAGCAGAAAAAAGAGGACAACGAUGUUUCAGCUGGACACAAGGGGACGGGGUUGUCUGGUCUGUUAUGGCCCGGACGUAAGGACACCUUUUAUCCUCCCUUUUGCAUGUUCUGGCCCCCAAGAGCAGCAGGAGGGAUCCCCAUGCCCACCUACCUGCAGCCUCAGCCCAGCCUCUCCUCCCUGGCAGACAACCCCUCCCUCAGGCAAGCCUUUCUGGAUCUGUCCGACUCCUCUGAACCCGGAGCGGUUACAGGCACUGGAAAUGGCGCCAAUACGAACAUGACCCCCAGCAACGGGAGCGCCGCAUCCAGAUCUGGCCUCUUUGACCCCGACUGCAUGAUGGUGAACCCUGAACUUCGACCUGUGACAUCAGAGAGCUGGUUGAAACUCCUGGACAACCCCACCCUCCAAACCAGGAAGCCCAGCUAUGGCUCAGCCUUCCGUCCGGUCGUCAAGGACGCAGAGAGCAUCGCUAAGCUUCACAGCAACGGAGGAGGAGUCAACGGGGCUGCGGAUGAAGAGAUCGGGGUCAUCGUGGCCGGGUCGGACCGCCACUCGCGACUUUCGCCCAGCAGCAGCUGCAGUUACGCCAGUGAAAGUGGGGGCGAGGGGGAAGCGGAGGGGGCUGAAAGCGAGGAAGAUGGAGAGGUGGACGUGGAGUCCUCCAAGCAGGACGACGAAGAGGACGAGGGGAGCUUCACGACCCGGCUGCCGCAAACAAACUUGUUCCUGCCUGCUGUGAGCAACAGCGGCGGGGAGGAAAGGGACCCCAUCCGGCUGGAGUCCCCCAGCCUGCCCGCCUCUUCGCCUGCCAGUCUGCCACUCUCCAGCUCCACCCCGCCUCACAGAGAAGACCCGACUUUCAAAAACGUUGACAAAAACAGAAAUGAAGGACUACCUGCCUACGCAACCAAAGACUCGGCUAUUUCAGAUGAAAACAAAGAGCAGAACAUCUUCUUUGGAGCAGAACAUGAGACGUCAGCACCGGAUACCUGGAGGGAAAGCUCAGGUGAUCAAAGUCAAGGGGCUGCGUCUCCCGUGUCGCUAAAGAAGGACGUUGAGAAUAUGGAGAAAGAGGAGCUCCAGAAGGUUUUGUUGGAGCAAAUUGACUUCAGGAGGAGACUGGAGCAAGAGUUUCAUGCUCUGAAAGGCACCUCGCCAUUCCCCGUCUUCCAUAAUUUCCAAGACCAGAUGAAGAGAGAGCUGGCCUACAGAGAAGAAAUGGUCCAGCAGUUACAGAUGAUUCCAUAUGCAAACAUCAUUAGAAAAGACAAGAUCAGCUCUCAUCUUAAUAAGUAACCAAACGGCUAAUUCAUCAAAGAUCCCCAAAUAAUAAUAAAAGAACAAAAACAAAACGCCCCACAUCAAAUGAAAAGAAAUGAUGUAGUAGAGUGUGAACAUUUCUCAGGAUUUCCUGUCCCCUGGUUUGAUUUCUUGACUUCAAACAAACAAACCAAAAAAACCUCCAUCAGGUGGAAAUCGCUGUCGGAUUGACGGGACCCACGUCCCCCCCGCCAUGUCCUUUCUAUACCGCUGAAGUUGAACUACCUGAGAAGUUUUCUAACCAGACGAAGAAUGAAGACUCAAAUCGUCCUGGGCCCCCCCACUAAUUACAACUGUAAGUGGGGACCCGCCAUCACGCUGAUAUAGUUGCUGUUUUUGUAUAGCUGUGAUAAGAGAAGACAUAUCAACCUUUAUUUACUGUGAACAUUCUCACCCUAAACAUGCAGGAAAUGUUACCUCAAAACCACAUCAUUUGAUGGUGAAUGGACAUUCUGGGGUUCAUCACACUUGUAUAUAUUAUAGAAGCUGUAACAUAUUGCCACUAAAUUGUACAUAAUGUCCCAAGUGAGAAUAUUCAUCGGCAGUCUGUCUAAAUGUGUUUUGUUUGUCUUUUCAUGAGUAUUGGGGGCCCGAGACCUUGACCAUGGAUUAUUAUUUAGUUAUUAUAAAAGCUGAUGAUGCUUUCAAGUGUAUUUCAUAAAGUGCAAAAAUGAAAAAUGCCCCAUCUUGUUUAUAGGUCGAACCAAACGGACAAAGCUGUCAUUUACUGAGAAAGAUGUUAUCGUUAUAAACUGCAGAUGUAUUUAAAUAACAUAUGUCCUUGUUCUCUACAAUUUAUUGUAUGUGUAAAUUA